GGACUCCCAUGAUGCAUUGCACUGCCAACGUAUGCAAACAGGAACAUGGCUACCGGUGUUUAACAUCAGCAGUCCAUCGUAAUAAUACAUUUCUGUCGGCCUGACACAGUCUGUGACAGUAUAAUAUUUGCUGUGCCUCCGCCACAGAAGAAAAGCCUUCGUAGAGUUUAUCGGCGGAGCCAGCAGACCCUCUGAAAACAGCGUCUUCGUUGUUCGUCAAUCACAGAGAGCGUGGGUCAACAUGGCGAGUCCAAGGACCAGAAGAGUUCUGAAGGAAGUGAGAACCCAAGACGAGAAUAAUCUAUGUUUUGAGUGUGGGGCUUUUAACCCUCAGUGGGUUAGUGUGACUUAUGGGAUCUGGAUUUGUCUGGAGUGCUCUGGCAAGCACAGGGGCCUGGGAGUACAUCUCAGUUUUGUGCGCUCUGUCACCAUGGACAAGUGGAAAGAUAUUGAGCUUGAGAAGAUGAAAGCAGGAGGAAACGGAAUAUUCCGCUUGUUUCUUGAAGUCCAAGAUGAUUAUGAUCCCAACUGGACUUUACAGGAGAAAUACAACAGUAAAGCUGCUGCACUCUUUAGAGACAAGGUCGCAACUUUAGCCGAAGGUAAGGAGUGGUCCAUUGAGACAUCUCCUGCCAGAAACUGGACAUCUCCUCAACCCAAGACCAGCCUUUCAUCCUCUCACCGCUCUGGAGGACCUGGACAAAACUCAGCGAAAUCUAGCGACAAAGCUUUUGAAGACUGGUUGAGUGAUGACGUUAACUCAUAUCAGAGUGGUGGGGGUUACAGUGGGAAUCAAGAGAAUCGGUAUGUUGGCUUUGGCAACACGGUGACCCCAGAGAAGAAAGAGGAUGACUUUAUCAACAAUGCCAUGUCUUCUAUUUAUUCAGGUUGGAGCAGUUUCACUGUUGGAGCUAGCAAGUUUGCUUCUAUCGCUAAAGAUAAUACAACUAAACUGGCAAACCAAGCAACCUUAAAGGCCACAGAGUUAGGACAGACAUUAAAUGAGAAUGUUAUCAAACCUACCCAAGAAAAGGUGAAAGAUGGCAAAUUGCUAGAUGAAAUGGCUGUCAGCAUGACUGGGCUGGCAAACAAGGUUCAGGGAGCAGGUGCAAAAUUGACUAAUCUCUUUACGGGAAAACCGGAAGAUGGGUCUGCUGGAGAGAGCUACCAGAACAUGGAUGCCACUGAGGGAUAUCAGGGCAGUUCUAGUCAGCCUAUGGCAAAGGACUUCUGGGAAACCUUCGGCAGCAACAGCUCCUUAAAAGCCAAGAAAUCUCCCAGCAGUGACAGCUGGACCAUCGCAGAUAAUUCUGCAAAGAAGAGCUCUGACAGUUGGGACAAUUGGGGCUCCGAAGCAGCGUCCAACAACAAACACAGCACAGAGGAGAGCUGGGAGGCCUGGGACAACAACUGGGAGAACGCGGAGGGUAAGACGAAGAAGAGUCCCACAAAACCUGCUGAGGAAACCUGGGAUAAUGCGGACUGGUAGUGACCUCACAACCAUACAUCUCUUCACCUUUUUUCCCACUCUGGCCUUUUCCCUCUGUUUUCUCUCUCUCUCUGUUCAUCUCACUGGCACUUUCAGGGAAAGAGCUGAGUCAGCUUAGUUCAUGUCAAUCCAUUCAAAAUAAAUUUAUGAUAAACCCAAGCAACAAUAAAUGAAGCCCAGGGUAAAGGUGAGCUCAUUAAAUUAAUAUUCUUAAAAUGUACAGCUACAUUGAGCUGCAGUCAUUUAUUUUAUUGUAAAUUACCUUCAUCACAAAGAACUAAGAUAAAUCAGUGUAGGUAUGGUCAUAACCUUCUGCCUGUGCUCCCCAAAUAUAAUACUCUUAAUGGUAAAUAAGCCUGUGAGUUUAAUGAUACUGGUUUUCAAUUCACCACAUAAAAAUGAUGCAUGAAAGAGAAAAUCUGACAUUGUAAAUAUAUAUCCUUGUAGAUACAGUAUGAUUGACUAAACACAAAUGACAUUAUUUUCUGUUUCUUCAAUCAGAUUGAUUUGCUCUACUCCUGGACCUUUUGCACAUUUUAUUUUUGUAAAAUUGAUUUUGAAAAGCCUUUUUGACGGAAUAGAACCCUUUCCACACUGUAGUCACAAAGUGUUAUGUUAAAUUAAAGGAACAAAUUGGCUACCAUUAAUCAAAAGCUGUGUGGAUAUGUAAAAUUUAAAUGAAAUAAUCUAAUGUGUAAAGAGUUUGGGCUAAAUGACCUUUAUAGUUUUAUUUGUUUUUUAAAAUAUAUUUUUUGUUAAAAAUGUGCAAAUAGUUUAGGGGUUUGAAAGCAGAGAGCUGCUGAUGCAUCAUUAUGAUGUUAUCAAGACCAGAAAAUGAUACAACAGCCUGCUUAGAAGUUGAACUUGGUGUAUUCUAAACAAAUUAAGUUUUUCAAUAAUUGUCCUUCUGGUAAAAUGGUUAAGUUGCUUUAUAAUACAUACAUGUAUUGUAUCACAUUGGUGACAAGCUGACUUAAAACUUAGCUUUUUCUCAAAAUGGAUGUAUUUAAUUUAAGAUCGAUGAGCUGUUGAAACUGAUUUUGAUUGGUUGAUAAAUUAAUGUGAUUGUACUUUUUUUCCUGUUGUUAAUAGCAUCUCCAGAUCCGUCUGUGACUCCCAUUCAAAUGUUCAUUGCAAAGGUCUUCAGUGACAGUAUUGUUUUAAGCACAUCCCUAACAUCAUAUUAGCAUUAUUAGGAUUUUUUUUUGUUAUGCAACUCCUCAAGUAAUUUUACUUUAUACUGCAACAUUUAGCAAUUUAUCACAUUGUUUCUUCCUUAAUUCACAGUGGUAAUUAAUUUGUUUGUGUUGAAAAUUUUCAAGCUAAAAUAUGCCAGAAAUCAAUCGGUGAAUGAAAUUCAUUAUAAUAAACUGUCACAAUACCUGCCAAUAGUUAUUGAUCUACUGGGGGAGAUGAGGGGAAUUUAUUGUAAUAUUAUGUUAUGUAUUUUUUAUUAUUUUUUUCUGACCUCGAAGCUGGCCGAUACUAUUUGAAUCGGAAUUUAGUGCAGGCCGACUUUCAAACAACGGAACCCAGGCUCAUGUCGGGCCAGGCAUUUUGACAAACUUGCAUUCUCUUAUAAUAACAUAACACUGAGUAAUGGCUCAUAUUUUAUAUAUAUAUACAGUUUAUUGUAGAUAAUUUGACACAGAAAUCACUCAUUGCACGGUGAUAUACUGUGUGUACUGUAUGCGAGGUGGAGGUUGUGUUUCAAUAACUGGACACAGAUCGGGACUGUAGACUACAUUGUUAACUGCAUGGUGUGGCCUGUGAGUCUGCAACAUGUGACCUCCACCGAACCGACAGUGUCGAUGUAGCUCUGUGUGAACUGUUCUCUCCACAUCUGUGUUAUUGCACCUUGGUCAUUAUGUAUUGUGAGGAUUCGGUGUCACAGAUAUCUUCACCCUUGUAUUAACAUCUGAAUUGUGGAGUGAUGUUAAUGAGGUUUAUUAUACCCCGGAUGCUUAGAUGGUCAUAGCUCUCAAACGCUUGUUAUGAAUAAAUUUAAUCAAGCUAGUACAUCCUUCAGUCAGAUGAAAUGGCAGCUGCACUCACACUGUUCAUCGUGGAUGCAAAUGUAUCAUGACAAGCUCAUUGUUUCUACAAGCAGGAAUGUAAUCAGUGUGAAAUUGUGUAUUUUACAAGCCUGAUAAUCUGGUAAUCUUAAAAUUUAAACUAGCUGUCAAGGUUGAGAACUAGGCCGAUUUUGCAGCACCUCACUUCCCGACGUGGCCUUUAAUUCCCUAUAACAUAAGGUGUUGCAACUUUAUCAUACUGUAAAUGACUGUAAAGUUUCAUUUGUUUGUACAUGUAAUAACCUACAGUUGCUCAGUCUUCAUAAAUGAUGCAAACCACUCAAACUAAGCUCAAGUUAAGUUACACUUGAACCAAUUCCAACCCCAGGGUUGAUUUGUCUACAUUUGUUUAAAAUUUCACAACAAGAAGGUAAAGUUAAUUACGAAUAUCAGAAGACAUCUUAACAUGCUUGGUUUGCAUCUGAUUCUUCGUGUCUGUGAUCAUGAAAUGGCCAGUAGUUAAUUAUUUACUGCCCACGGAGCAGUGUACCAGUCCAAUAUAGCUGCUGGAUUGUUGUUUGUGAUUCUGGAGUUAUAACAUCCUACUGUUCUUUUGAUAGGCAGUACUCAUUGGGCCUCAUGAUUGGUAAAAAAUAAUGUUUUACUAUCACAGGUUUUAAUGUGUAAAGGAUAUAUCCUGGGAACUUAGUCCAUACCCAUUUCCUACCUCUAAGAAGUCUUCAGUUUACUGCCGAGUUUUCAGUAUGGAACAUGCUCUCUUUUUUCUUAAUCUGUCAGCAUUGUUUUGAUGUAGACUUUAUCACAGCAGGCUUGGUUUGCUGUGGCUCAUUUUGUCUUUGCUUUGAAAGUGUUAAAGCAAUGUAACAAAGAUGGGUCUACAGUGUUGGUGUGUUCUCAGUGACAAUGCAAUGGUGUAAAAAAAAAAAAAAAAAAAACCUACAAAAGAUCACUCCUGGAACAUUAGUGUCGCUGAACCUCUGCAGUCGUGUGCUCAUGUAUGGUCAUGUGUUAAAAAACCUUAAACAGCUGAGAUUGCUUUCUGUUGCUGUGUGUGUCUGAUGCAGUGAGGUGUACAAGUCAGUAGAUCACCAUCAAAGAUAAUGUCAAAUGAUAUAUUGUUACCCUCAGCCUUCCCUAUAUUACUGAAGUUUAUGUCAGUUUUUGAUUUUCUAUUUUUUUAUUUAUAAUGGCAUGGCAUGAAACAUAUAAAUUGCCAGGAAAUUAAUGGAAGACGAUGUGCUGUGAUAUCUCACAGUUCAAAAAGGGGAAAUGUUUGAACAAAAUGUUGUCACUGGUCUGAAAUCUGUAAAAGAGCUUAUAGUUCUGAACUUUUUUAUUGGUGAAUGUCCUGUUGGGGUUACUGGUACACUCGAUUCACGGAAGUGAUAUAAGGUGAUGAUUUUUUUUUUAUAAACCCCAUGAAAUCUGAAUCUAAUUCUAAACUUUCCAGAGCAGCAGUUUAGCUCAGUGUCCGUGCCUGUCGAACAUUUGAGAUUGGGUAUGUCUGUGUUUGUUGAGGAAACUAUUAUAUCAGAAAUACUAUUUUUGAUGUCAUGCAUGAGAUGUAACGUGGAGCUCAAAACAUUCAGCUGUUGUUUAAUUUUCUAAAGUUGUUUCCUCAGUGAAUUUAAGUGCAGUUGUCUGCUUGCCCCUUCAAGUUUCACCAGCAGCCAUCCCAUGAAGUGAGCCAUUGUUAGAUGCUCAGUUGAGGCUGUGGAUAUUCUUCCUGUACACUUGGUUUCUGUGCUCAAUAAAAAUGUAUUGUGCCGUGAA